UGUGCGCGGUGGAGACUCGGCUGGCGUGAGGAGAAGCACCCGAGCGAGCCGAGAUGCAGAGCACUUCUAACCAUCUGUGGCUUUUGUCUGAUAUCUUAGGCCAGGGGGCCACUGCAAAUGUCUUCCGAGGAAGACAUAAGAAAACUGGUGAUUUAUAUGCUGUCAAAGUAUUUAAUAACAUAAGCUUCCUUCGCCCAGUGGAUGUUCAAAUGAGAGAAUUUGAAGUAUUAAAAAAACUCAACCACAAAAACAUUGUCAAAUUAUUUGCUAUUGAAGAGGAGACGACAACAAGACAUAAAGUCCUUAUUAUGGAAUUUUGUCCUUGUGGGAGUUUAUACACUGUUUUAGAGGAGCCAUCCAAUGCCUAUGGACUACCGGAAUCGGAAUUUUUAAUUGUUUUACGAGAUGUGGUGGGUGGAAUGAAUCACCUCCGAGAGAAUGGCAUCGUGCACCGUGACAUCAAGCCAGGCAAUAUCAUGCGCGUCAUAGGGGAGGACGGACAGUCUGUGUACAAACUCACAGACUUCGGUGCCGCCAGGGAACUGGAGGACGAUGAGCAGUUUGUGUCUCUGUAUGGCACAGAGGAGUACUUGCAUCCUGACAUGUAUGAGAGAGCAGUACUAAGAAAAGAUCAUCAGAAGAAAUACGGGGCUACAGUUGAUCUUUGGAGUAUCGGGGUGACAUUUUACCACGCAGCUACUGGAUCACUGCCAUUUAGACCAUUUGAGGGGCCUCGCAGGAAUAAGGAAGUGAUGUAUAAAAUCAUCACCGGGAAGCCUUCUGGUGCCAUAUCUGGAGUACAGAAAGCAGAAAAUGGGCCAAUUGACUGGAGUGGAGACAUGCCUGUUUCUUGUAGUCUUUCUCGGGGUCUUCAGACACUGCUUACUCCAGUCCUUGCAAACAUCCUCGAAGCUGACCAAGACAAGUGCUGGGGUUUUGACCAGUUCUUCGCAGAAACUAGUGAUGUCCUUCACCGAAUGAUAAUCCAUGUUUUCUCGCUGCAACAGAUGACAGCACAUAAGAUCUAUAUUCAUAAGUACAAUACUGCUGCUGUAUUCCAUGAACUGGUAUAUAAGCAAACUAAAAUUAUUUCUGCAAAUCAAGAACUUAUCUAUGAAGGACGACGCUUAGUCCUAGAACUUGGAAGACUAGCCCAGCAUUUCCCCAAAACCACAGAGGAGAACCCUAUCUUUGUCGUAAGCCGGGAACCCCUAAGUACCAUAGGACUGAAAUACGAGAAAAUUCCCCUACCUAAAGUACAUCCGCGUUAUGAUUUGGAUGGUGAUGCUAGCAUGGCCAAGGCAGUGACGGGCGUUGUGUGUUACGCCUGUAGAAUUGCCAGCACCUUGCUGCUCUAUCAGGAAUUAAUGCGGAAGGGGAUCCGGUGGUUGAUUGAAUUGGUGAGAGAUGAUUACAAUGAAACUGUUCACAAGAAGACAGAAGUUGUGAUCACGUUGGAUUUCUGCAUCCGAAACAUUGAAAAGACUGUGAAAGUAUAUGAAAAGUUGAUGAAAAUUAACCUAGAAGCAGCCGAGUUGGGUGAAAUUUCAGACAUACACACCAAAUUGUUGAGAGUAAGUAUUGGUGAAUCAUGACAGUUACAGGGUGGAGCGUAACCUGAUCGCUGCUGGUGAGAGCUUGUGUCUGCGCUUCCUGAGAAAAGUGUCACUUCCCAAGUUCCAUGGAGAAAAGAGCUGCCUGUGUGUGUGUGUGCUUGAUAUGACUAUACCU